CGUCCCUGGAGCCGGACGAGGUGGAGGAUUUCCUCGCCGAGGUGCUGAACAACGAGUUUGACACCAUCAUUGAGGAUGGCAGCUUGGCUGAGGUGAGCCAGCAGCUCCAGUCGCUCUUCGCCCGCUGCCAGCGUGGCGAGGGGCCGGCCCUGACGGAAGCCAUCGCCCGGCUCACGCGGCGGCAGCAGGAGGUGGGCAGGGCAGCCGCUCAGGCCCGACCGGCGGAGGGGAGCAGCAGCGAGGAGGAGGAAGAGGAGAGGCCGGAGGAG